AUCCUAAUAUAACCGACAUCUCUACAAAAAGUAUAAUAAACUAACCUAGUGAAUAUUAUUAAAUAAUUUUUGAAUGAGUGGGCAGUGUAUUGCUGUUGUAGAUUUUUAAUAUAAAUUUGUAGAAUGUCGAAUAAAAAAGCACCAUUACAAGGCCCUAUAACAGUCAAAAGUGCUAUACCCAAAAAUCGGCAAGAACUACUUAAAUGGAAUGGUUGGGGUUAUAAAGAUUCACAAUUUGUGGUGAAUGAAGGACCUGAAGUAUAUUUUUCAGGAAAAAGGUACUUAAUUGGUGAAGUACGAUUACCCCAUGUAGCUGGGUGGGUACGUGAUACACUCAACAUAGAUCUAGGUACACAAAAACCAAGAAAAAUACAGGGUUUACCCACUGAAAAUCAGUACCAAAAACCAAACGUUACCAAAGAUGUUAUGGAAAAAAUUGCUAGUCUUGGAAUUUCAUAUUCCACAAAGGUUAUCGACAGGUUACUUAGAUCACAUGGUCAAACUAUGCAUGAAAUUUACAAAAUACAAAAUUCGACAUAUGAACGAAUACCAGAUGUGGUUCUUUGGCCGACUUGUCAUGAUGAUGUUGUAAAAAUAGUUUCUUUUGCACACGAAAAUAAUAUUGUUGUUAUUGCAUUUGGUGGUGGCACAUCUGUGUCUGGAGCUCCUGAAUGCCCUAAAAAUGAAACUAGAACAAUUAUAUCUCUUGACACAUCACAAAUGAAUAGAAUAUUAUGGAUAGAUGAUAAGAAUUUAGUCGCUUGUUUUGAAUGUGGAAUUGUAGGACAGGAUAUGGAGAGGGAAUUGAAAAAAUUCGGAUAUACUACUGGACAUGAACCUGAUAGUUACGAAUUUUCUACACUUGGAGGUUGGGUGGCAACCAGAGCUUCAGGUAUGAAAAAAAAUAUGUAUGGUAAUAUAGAAGAUCUUGUAGUACAGCUAAAAAUGGUAACGGCCAAAGGAGUUCUUCAAAAAAAUUGUCAAGUUCCGCGUCUCAGUUGUGGUCCUGAUUUUAACCACAUAGUCAUGGGAUCUGAAGGUUCCUUGGGUAUCAUUACCGAGGUUAUUUUAAAAAUUAGAUUAUUACCAAAAUGUAAGAAAUAUGGAAGUAUAGUUUUCCCAUCAUUCGAAAAAGGUUUUGAAUUCAUGAGAGAGGUUGCAAAACGAAAAUGGCAACCGGCAUCUAUUCGUUUAAUGGACAAUGAACAAUUCAAAUUUGCUUUAAUGCUAAAGCCGGAAUCUACGUAUUUUGGGCUAGUCAUUGAUGGUAUUAAAAAAUUUUACAUCACUAAUAUCAAAGGAUUCGAUCCUGAUCAUAUGUGUGUCAUGACUCUUCUAUUCGAAGGAGAAGAAAAUGAAGUGAAAACCAAUGAAAAAAAUCUUUACAAAUUAUCCAAAAGUUAUGGAGGUUACCCCGCGGGAGAGCAGAAUGGUGAAAGAGGAUAUAUGCUGACAUUCGUUAUUGCUUAUAUCAGAGAUCUUGGACUUCAAUACGACGUUGUAGCUGAAUCGUUCGAAACAUCAGUUCCUUGGGAUCGAGCUCUUUUGUUGGUGAAAAAUGUGAAAAAAGUGGUAGCAGAAGAAUGCCGUCAAUUGAAAAUAACACAUUAUUUGAUAAACUGCCGCAUCACUCAAACCUAUGAUGCUGGAUGCGUUAUUUAUUUCUAUCUAGGUUUCAACCACUCUGGAUUGGGAGAUCCAGUAACUCUACAUAACAGGUUGGAGACAAAAGCUAGGGAUGAGAUUGUUGCAUGUGGAGGUAGUAUAUCUCAUCACCACGGUGUCGGGAAACUGCGACAAAAAUGGUAUCCAGCUACUGUAUCCGACGUAGGAGUAGAUCUUUAUUUUGCAGCAAAAAGGGAAUUGGAUCCUAAAAAUAUUUUCGCCACAAAUAACCUAACAAAGUCUAAAUUAUAAGGGAUUUUUGUUUUUUAAGAGUUUUGCAAAUUGAUGUUACCAUUAAGACUACAAAUGAUCACAUAAGUUAUAAGUACUCGAAUAAUUUCCAAUAAAUAUUUAAAAUGAAA